GUGGUCCCUGCCCCCUGGGGCCUGAGGAGUGGGGCAAAAACCAUCAAAAUUAGUGUAAUUUUAAAAAAUCUUCUUUACUCCUGGACACCAAGAAGCCAAACUGUGGGCAUAAUUAUAAUGAGCGUUGAGCCCUCUACCAAAAUUGUGAAAUUCAUGGCCCCUGUGGCAGGGGUUCUUGUGUUAGGGUGGGGCUCUAUUGGUCAUAUAGUGAAAAUGUAGACAUUCUUUGAAAAUCUUCUUCUCUGUCUCUGGGUAUUAAGUAGACAAACUAAUAGCAUGGUAAUGAUGAGCAAGGAUGCCUCUUUAAAAAUUGUGAAAUUCAUGGCCCCUGGAUCAGGGGUUCUGGUGUGUUAGGGUGGGGCUAUAUUGGUCAUAUAGUGAAAAUGUAGAAAUUCUUUGAAAAUAUUCUUCUCUGGCUCUGGGUAUUAAGUAGACAAACUAAUAGCAUGGUAAUGAUGAGCAAGGAUGCCUCUUUAAAAAUUGUGAAAUUCAUGGCCCCUGGAUCAGGGGUUCUGGUGCUAGGGUGGGGCUCUAUAAGUCAUAUAGUGAAAAUGCAUUAUUUCUUUGAAAAUCUUCUUCUCUGUCCUUGGGUAUUAAGUAGACAAACCAAUAGACCGAUCUUAAUUAGAUGCUCAUAAAUAUUCAUAUAAAACCGAAAGCGAGGCUAAGCUAGGUUCCCAUAUGUAAACAACAUGGCGUGCUCCAGUGCAACUGCUACUACGACUGCUUUUACGAAGGAUUUAUCUCUUGUUCCCGAUGUUACAUUCGCAUUCGUUGAGAAUUUUAUUAAAUCUCAAUCAACUAGCUCCGGAAAGGAACAAAUGACUAAAGGUUUCAAGUACUACAGUGAGCAAUAUGUGCAUUCUGUGUCGAGUAAGUUGUCAAAACUUUAUACGACAACAAUAUAACAAUGUACGAUUUUCCUUUCUGGUGUUCUGGAAAAGCUGCAGUUUUAAUAAUUCAGUAUGAGAGAUUAUCCAGUUAACGUAAUAUAAGGCUGCUUUUUCAAAAUGAUGGACAACAUGAACGGUAAAUAAUAAAGUUUAUCACCCAAAUCAAUUGAAAAAAAGGGGGGGGGGGGGGGGUCCAUUUUCGUUGUGCUUCGAGUGGUGUAAUAAUUUAAAGGUGUUUGUUUGCUGACCAUACAGUUAACAUUAAUUAUGCAUUGUCUACUAUCAAUGUUGUCAGAGAAGAGUGGAAGCCUCUGGAUUAAUAAUUUUCAAUCAAUUCAAAAGUAAAGGGAAAAAAGUUUCAAAAUGAUUUUUUAUAAAAAGCAUGAUCAUGUAGAAUUGUAUAAAAUGUGUUUACAUAUAAUUAAUCAUACAUUACUUAUGGUUUUUCUUUCUUCACGCUGAAUACACACCGUAUCAUAUAGAAAAAUAUGAAGAUGUGGUAUUGUCAAUCACAAUUAUGUUAUUUUUCAGUUUAUGAAGAUGAUGAGGGUUGCCUUGUUAAAGGAAAAUGUUACAGAUCACAAAGGAAAAAUGAGUCUCCCCAUGAUGUAAAGGUAUAAAAAAUCACAAAGGAAAAUGAGUCUCCCCAUGAUGUAAAGGUAUAAAAAAAAUAUAAAAAAUAAGUUCUCUUCGGUUCAUUUUCACUUAGAAAUAUUUAAAAAGAAAUGUUACAUACAUGUAGUAAUUUUAUUGUACAUAUACUGCAUAUGUGUUAUGAAAAUUAAAAAAUGGUGUACGUGCAUGUAAAGAUAUAAUUUUUAAUGACAUUCAUCUAAUUUCGUUAAUUUUUAUCCCUUUAUAAACAUUUGUUUGUUGUCUCAUUUGGUCAUCUAUUUUCAUUUUAAGUACAUGUACAUUGUACAUAUACACAUGUACAUGCAUAUAUUUCAAUAUUGAACUUUUCAUUCCCUAUUUUAGGUCUUGAUCAAUCAGGAACAAGUAGAAUAUUCAUUCUGCACAUGUGCCAUUGGACAAAGUGGAUAUUGCGGCCUUGUAACAGCGCUACUCUACCAAAUAACCUUUUAUAAACUGAUGAAAUAUAAGCUUAUUCCAACAGAUAUUGCAAGAACUUCAUUACCCCAAACAUGGCAUGUUCCAAGAGGUGAAAAACUACAGGGAGAAAAGGUUGACAAUAUUGUUGUGCAAGAGUACGACCGGAAUAACCCACAGAGAGCUACAAAAGGAAUUAAGUCAACCUUAUAUAAUCCUAUAUGUGGAGAGGAGGAAUUGGAUGUGAAUGGGUUUUUGGAUGAAAUCAAGGACCUAAACAUCAUGUUUAACACAUCAGUAGAAAAUUCAACAGAAAGGGUGCAGACAAAAUUUGGCAAUUUUCAAAAAGGAAGUGUACUCAGCUAUCAGCAGAAAGCUUGAGAGCAUUGAAAUGGAGGAAAGCACCCGGGAGCAGUCGAAUGAUCCAAAGUGGCAUAAACUGCGGCAUGCUAGAAUCACAGCUUCAUCAUCAGGGGAAAUUGCCAAACGACGGGCAGAUGGCAGAAAACUAGCAGAGAGGUUACAAACAGCUAGACGUUUUCAGUCUGCUGCUAUGAAACGUGGCAUUGAGUCUGAAGGUGUUGCUGCUCAAGCAUAUAGUGAGAAAAUGGAUAACAAUGUUAAUCUGUAUCCUUGCGGAGUGGUUGUUAGUCCUUUUUCUCAUUGGUUGGCUGCAACUCCAGACAGGAAAGUUUACUGUCCAUCAAGGGAUCCACCUUUUGGAUUGCUAGAAAUAAAGUGCCCGGACACUGAUGACUUGGCAAAAGUGAAAUGUCUUCGAGAGGACAAUGGACAAUUAAAAUUAAAAACAAACGAUAACUACUAUUACCAAGUUCAAAUGCAAAUGGCUGUAACAGGAUUAGAGUGGUGUGAUUUUUAUGUAUGGUUGGAAAAUGUAUCUCACUUGGAAACAAUUUAUUUUAAUGAGCAGUUCUGGCAGUGUGCAAAAGACAAAUUGGAUUUAUUUUUUCUGACUUAUUAUUUGGAAUAAAAAUUGUAUUUCAGUUAUUUACUAAAUAUGUGAUAUUGUUAGAUGAAAUAAGAUCAAAAAAUGUGAAACAUAAGUUUUAUUUUUUCUGCUUUAUUAAUGGCCUUCGGAAUAACGUAAGAAGAUUGGCCACGGUCCACAACUGGUUCACUGAUCCUGCAAUUGAGAGUGGUACUGUUGAUUGUAGUAGUUUAUAUUCCUUCACCCUCUUGAUAUGCCAUUCAACAUGUAUUCUUAGUGAUGCAAUUUUCUGGUUGUCUUCUAUUUGUGAAGCUGUGAAUUGGCCAUCUGCGCACAAGAAAUGUGGGGUUGCCACUGAAAUUCCGGUGUCUUUCAAU